AACAGUAAGUUUUAAUGUAGAAUUAUAAUUACAAUUCAUUUUAAUUAUAAUUCAAUACUAAUCCGGUAAAAAACAUAUAUCAUCUUUAUACGUUUAACAGUUACGGUAUGUAAAAACAGGAAUAAAAGAAAGAAAAAAAUAAUCACGAGAUAGAUAUUCAAGAUGGUCGCUGCGAAACUUGAAACAACCUCGAAAUCGUACAGGUUGCGCGUGAUCAUUUGUAAAGGUUCUUUACAAUAAUCAAAAUGUUAUAGAAUAAAUUCAUAUAGAAUAAAUGCUAUAUUAUAUGAAAUAUCAAAAUAAAUCAAUAGUCAAACGUUUUGUAUAUUCAAAAUGUUUUUAUAUUCUAAGAUGAUGCAAGUAUUUAACCAACUCAUGAAAAAAUUAAUCGAGGAUGUGUCGAUUGGAUAAAAUAAAGUGUACAAAUAUGAUUUAAAAGUGUAUUGUAGCACUUGAUAGAAUAUUUGAUAGAAUAUUUGAUAACUUACAUGAUAAAUUUUUAAGUACGAGUGAUCACGUGAAAGUAAUUAGUUUUUCUAUCGGUAUAUAUGGCGGCAUUGAUAAAAAAAAGGUGCAAAACUGUAUAUAAUAAUAGUCUUUUAAAAGUUGAUAUUGAACUAAUUUAUCAAAAAUGAACUUGCGUUUUUAAAAAACGUUUUAGAUAAACAAUAUAGUCUUUAUAAGCUUCUUCCAAUUGUGUCAACUAUCUUAGUACUUCACAUAAAUUUAUUCAGACUCAUAAAAUAUAUACCAUGUCGUGGAUAAGAGAAAGUACAUUAAAUUGUUUCCAUUACUUAAUUGUAAAAAUUUUAAAAAGUGGUGAAAUUCCUAAACAUGUAGCAUUUAUUAUGGACGGGAAUAGAAGAUAUGCGAACAAAAAACAUAUUGAAAAAAUAGGUGGACAUACACAAGGGUUUCACAAAUUAACAGAAACUCUACAGUGGUGCUUAGACCUUGGUGUUGUAGAAGUAACAGUUUAUGCAUUUAGUAUAGAAAAUUUUAAAAGGUCUAAGGAAGAAGUCGACGGGCUUAUGGAACUUGCUAGACAAAAAUUCCAGAGUUUGAUAAAUGAGAAACAAAAAUUGAUGGAAAAUGGUGUAUGUGUGCGUAUUAUAGGAAAUUUAGAAUUAGUUCCAGAGGAUCUACGUAAAUUAAUGGCUGAAGCUAUAAUCAUUACCAAAAAUAAUAGUAAAGCAUUCCUUAAUAUUGCUUUUGCUUAUACUUCAAGAGAUGAAAUGACAUAUGCUAUUAAAGAUAUAUUAAAAGGUAUCAGAGAUGCUGAUAUUUUACCAGAAGAUAUUAACGAAGACCUUAUUUCUAAGUGUUUGUACACUUAUAAUUCUCCAAAUCCUGAUUUACUUAUUCGUACUUCUGGGGAAAUUCGUCUCAGUGAUUUUCUUAUAUGGCAGGUUAGUAACAGUUGCAUCUAUUUUGCUGAUGUAUUAUGGCCUGAAUUUAGUGCUUGGGAUUUAUUUGGUGCGAUAUUUUAUUAUCAAAGAUGUUAUACAAAUUUAAAAAAUAUUACAAAAGCACAAAAUAUAACUAAUUAUAAUAGCAGAGUUACUAAUUAUCUUAAUAAAUUAUAUAACGAACGGCAGAUUAUGUUGCAAAAAAUAUGUGGUUCAGAAAUUUUAGCAUAUGAUGGAAAUAAAUGAUCCAUUAAGAGAAUAUAUACAAUUAUCAACCAAAAAUAUAAUUAUACAGCACAGAUAAGAAUA